AUGGCCGCUGCUGUCGCCAGGUAUCCUUCUAUGCUCGGUCGUUCUUCAACACCUCCACCGCACCUAUCGAUGAACACCUCUUCUCGUGGUACACCUACUGCUAUCCCCAACAAGCACAUUCCGGAAUGCUCCCCUGGUGGACUUCCCGCAACCCCCCCGGCAUCUCCUCCGCGGCAAGACAGUCUCAUUGAACAGUCAUCAAUCACAUACCCACCAGAUGCAUACUGCUCGCAAUACUCGGAUGACCCGCCUGUAUACACCAUCACUGCGGAUCGCAUGGCGGAGGCCCUAGAGCACAUUGCAACUCAGCCUCUUCCGAACCCUGACCAAGUCUUCCCAUGGAUGCACGGUCUUCAUUCCGAAAAUCAGAUACAGCUUGCUUUUUUCUCGUCUCGUCGCAGAAGCGGCCGAAAGGUUCCUAGAUGCAUUCGCAGCAUUACCGUGGUCAAGACUGGUGGAAAUCUGUCAUCGUCCAAGUUAAAGGGCGCGGUUGCACCAGAUGAAUUACUGGAGUCUGUGUCUUCUGAAUCACCCAAGUUUCUGGAGUGCGACCCAAAGGAUGGCUUCUCUGUGCGGAACUUCCAGAUCCAGGCCUGUAAGUUGGCUAUGGUUUCGGACAUCAUCGUAUAUGGCGACCACAAAACCAAUCCGCAAGACACGAUUGCGCUCGCUCAGAAGAUCUCGAAGGCUCAGAGGCAGUACGAAACAAAGAACGGAUUUUCGCAUUGCUUGUUCAAUACGUUCGUGCUUUCAGAUUCUUUUGCGUCUAUGCAAGAAAAAUACCCAAAGCUCAUCGCCAUUAAUUCCGCGGGCGAUAUGACGGGAGAGGUUGCUGAUUUCUUCUAUUGGGAGCGAUAUGAGAUGAGCGCAAUGUCAAAAGCGACUGAGAUCAGCAACAAUGUCUUCUUGGGGCCUACGCCUGAUCAGGCACUGCAUCCGGACUGUGUGGGCGAAGAAGCCUACGACAUGCUCAUCGAAGCGACUGAUCUUGCGCAUAUACCCGAAUCACGCUCACUGCGAGCUCUCCGUAUGGGUCUUGAGCGAGUCCACCGGAAAUCCACCCUGCACAUGGAGUUCCCGUCAUCAGGAAGCAUCAUGCCUCCUACGUGGGCACAUGGCGAAGUUGAUGGUCUUAUGGACAUGUGCAAAUGGAUGUACGAACUGGCGAACCCACAAGAGGUCCGGCGGUCAAAGCGAAGACGGGAAGAAGAGGACGAGGCCAUAGAGAUGGACGACAUUGCGGCGCCGCGCAGGUUCUUGAUACACUGCACAGAUGGCUACACUGAGACGACUCUUCUUGCUUUAGCUUACUUCAUGUAUGCGGAGGGCUUGCCUGUUCACGAUGCUUGGAUUCAAAUGCAUCGUGACAAAGGUCGCAAUUUCUUUGCGUACCCUUCAGACGUUGCGUUAUUGACAGCGAUACAACCUCGAAUCCUCCAAGAAUCUCCUCGCUUCAGCCAGAGUGUUCUGAACAUCUCGGAACCACGCUGGCUGUCGAAGCUUGAUGGCAGCCUGCCCAGCCGGAUCUUGCCCUACAUGUACCUCGGCAACCUUGGACAUGCUAACAACCCGGAGCUCCUCAGCGCUAUCGGAAUCACACGAGUUCUGAGCGUUGGGGAAGCACUUUCUUGGCCUGAAGACGUCGAGAAAAAGCACGAUUGGCCCGAGGAGAACUUUCUGAUGAUUGACCGAGUUCAGGACAAUGGUGUAGAUCCUCUCUGGGGCGAGUUUGAGCGUUGCCUAAAGUUUAUUGAAGCAGGAAAGAGAGAGGGAGGCGCAACGUUAGUGCAUUGCCGUGUAGGUGUAUCACGGUCUGCAACGAUCUGUAUUGCCGAAGUCAUGAACGAGCUGGGGCUGUCUUUCCCCCGUGCCUACUGCUUUGUCCGGGCCCGACGACUUAAUGUUAUAAUCCAACCUCACCUUCGAUUCACUUACGAACUACUCAAGUGGGAAGAGUACCAGCGUCAACGACGCAAUGAGCCUCUUCGCCGCGACCUGGAGUGGGCGACUGUAGCGCGCGAAAUCGCUCUCAUGAACAAGCCCUACUCCAGAUAA